ACUCUGUCACAUUGGCACUCGCUCACAUUGUAGCAAACAGCAGGCACCAGGCACCAUGCCUGCAUUACUUCUCAUCUACAUAGGACUCCUUUCACUCACUCUUGAGCCCGAGGUGUCAGGAGCGCCGGAGUCAUGCAGCUCACAGUGUGGAGAGAGACUGCAAUCCUGUUCCUGUCACACAACAUGUGAGAACCUGGGAUCCUGCUGUACAGAUUUCCACCAGUUCUGCGUCCGCAUCAGCCCCCACUCUGGAACCUUAAUGGGAGGCAAAGAUUUCACCAUUCUCAAUGUGACGUUUAGCCCCAACUCUAGUGUGAUCUGCAGAUUUAACAAUGAGACAAAUACAGAAGGUUACGUAAAUGACGCAGGCAUUGCUCACUGCAUUUCCCCUUUGCUGCUGGAAACGGGGCGCAUCUCCUUAGCUGUAUCCCAGGAUGGAGGCAACACUUUUACAAGAUCAGGAACAUGGCUAGCGGUUCAUCACAGCAAAGCAUCAGUGGCUGAAAAGAGUGUGCAACUUGAGCCCAAGAAAUGGCAGUAUUAUGGAACGCCUGGAUACAAUGGAAUCCUCACCUUGAUCUGGAAUGCUAAAACUCUUCCUUCUGAGAACAUCAGCAUAGAGAUCUGGGGCUAUAAUGAAACAGGAAUUCCAUAUAGUGACACCUGGAGGGCUGACUGGACAUAUCUCUACACACUGAUCUCCACUUACCCCAACAAUGGCAGCUUCACAUUCACCCCAUCUCCUGCCACAGCACCAUUUAACCAGUGGGACGUGGGGAUGCUGAGGAUCAUUGCAAGUGAUAAACUUCAAGGAAAGAGGAAUGUGCAUGCCAUCUGGAGUCCUGUACACGCCUUAGCCUGGCACCUAGAAGAGAGUUUCAGAAAUGAUUCUGCUGCCUGGGCAAAUGACAAGUGUAUAAGCUGGCGAGAUGCUGAGAUGAAUGCCCUACCCAAUUUCCUGAAAGAAACUCCAGAUUGCCCCUGUACUCUGGAUCAGGCCAGAGCGGAUACUGGCAGAUAUCAUACGGAUUAUGGAUGCGACAUUGAAAAAGGCAGUGUGUGCACGUAUCACCCAGGGGCAGUCCACUGUGUACGGAGCAUCCAGGCAAGCCCUCAGUUUGCUUCAGGGCAGCAGUGCUGCUAUGAUUCUGCUGGAGCUCAGGUCCUCACCUUUGACUCUAUAGGGGGCAGCACACCUGAUCGUGGACAUGACUGGGGUUCCCCACCAUACAGAAAACCUCCCAGAGUACCAGGUUUUUCUCAUUGGAUGUAUGAUGUGAUUACUUUCUAUUACUGCUGCCUGUGGUCUGACAACUGUCAAUACUACAUGGAUUUAAGACCGUCCAGUGACUGCCGCACAUACAAACCUCCAAAGGCUGCCUCUGGUUUUGGUGAUCCCCACUUUGCUACAUUUGAUGGUUCCACAUACACAUUCAAUGGAAAAGGAGAGUACACACUGGUGUCUUCAUCCCACAAGUCAUUAUCCAUUCAGGUUCGGACAAAGGCAUUUACAGUUACUAAAUCAGCUACUGGUAACUUUGGGCAGAUAAGCGUGGUUAUUCAUGAUGACAGAGCAGCCAGUUCAGAGAUAAAUGUAGCCAGCAUUUGUUCAGUGGCUAUGCAAGAAGAUAACUCAGAUGUUAUUGAGGUGCGUCUGAAAGAUGGAUCCACACAUGAGCUGGAGACUCUGUUGAAUCAAGAAGUGAUUGGUUUUGAGGAGCAGAGCUGGAUGGACCUAAGAGGGGUUUUUGUAUACUCUGCUAUCAACUCAAAUGUCACUGUAAUGUUCCCCUCUGGAGCCGGAGUAGAAGUGAGAAGGCGAGAAGGUUUCCUGAGUGUAAAUGUUCUUCUUCCUGAUGAUUUUAUUAACCAAACACAAGGACUUCUGGGACGAAUGAACAAUGAUCCAGAAGAUGAUUUCACUUUCAGGAAUGGCACAUCCUUACCACCUAAUGCUACACCAGUGGAGCUAUUCCAGUUGGGUGCUGACUGGGCAGUAACAAAUGAGAGCUCAGUCUUUACCUAUGAUUCACAGGAACUGAUAAAUAACUAUGAGGUCAAGCAUGACCAUAUGUUCCUGCCUACAUUUUCAUUUGAAGAACAUCCCAGUGAGCCUCUUCUGGAAUUGUGUGGUGAUGAUGAAUUCUGCAGGUUUGAUGGCCUUGCCACAAAUGAUCUCAAUGUUGCAAAUGCCACGAAAAUAUCUUCUCUCAGCCAUUCAAGUUUGGUGAAGAGCCUUAUACCAGAGGUCUCAUGUGGUUGGCUAGCUCCUCCAGAAAAUGGGACAAAAAUUGGCACCGCCUACCUGGCUGGGUCUGUCAUCCAGUUUAACUGUAAUGAAGGAUUCAUCAUGAAUGGAACUAGGCUGAGAACAUGUCUGCCUGAUGGGACUUGGUCGGGUGAUGCAGUUCAGUGUCUUGAAGGAUCCAAGGAAUCUUGUUCAAGUCAGUGUGGGGUGAUCCUACAGGAAUGUUCAUGCCAUGUGACCUGUGAGAAUCUUGGAACUUGCUGUCCUGAUUACCGCACCUUCUGUGUCCGCAUUGCACCGGAGUCUGGCUUGCUAAUGGGUGGCAGAGACUUUAUGGUUUUAAAUGUUACCUUUAACAGAAGUUCUGAUGUACAAUGCAGGUUCAGAAGUGAAAUAGUCACAGAUGGGUAUGUGGAUGAUGAUGGGCAUGCACACUGUAUCUCACCGCUCCUGCUAGAGACUGGGCGUAUUUCCUUUGAGAUGUCUGAAGAUGGAGGACACAGCUAUCCAUACUCUGGCACAUGGCUUUCUGUACACCCUGGAAAGGUGACAGAGUCUGAAAAAUGUACCUUGGUGAAUGAAACAAAAUGGCAAUAUUAUGGCACCCCAAACAAAUAAAGUAAACAU